AUGUGUAUAUGUGGUUUACUUGGCAACCAACAACGAUCAUAUAACUAAGGCUGUUUUGUGCACUUUGUUAACAAAUUGAAAAUUAGAUGAUUAAAGAAAUCCCAAAGGCUGCGGUUGUCAUACCCUCUAUAUUUCAAUUGUGUGCUAAUUUGAACACUAUUUACUUUGUGUGGCUUAGACAACUUAUUUUUAGUCCUUACCUCUGUGUUGUUUUACUGUGUAGUACUGUGUCACGUAUAUACAGGUUGAAAUGACAAUAAAAGCUUAUUGACUUCAAAAUUUAUGUAAUACAGAUGAACUGUGAUGAAGCCUACUGAAGAAAUGAUUAUUUUUUUAACAUAACGAAUAUCAUUUCAACACUUCAACACAACGUUUGUUUUGUUUUGUUUUUGUAAUUUUAUCAUUUUCUAAUUUUAUUAUUGUUUGUAUUUUUUUAUUUAAAAUUUUUGUACCACUUUUAUUUAAAAAAAAUGUGCAGAAUCAGAAGCCAAAUGUUUGCAAGAUUUUGGACCUGAAAAAGUUUUUUUUUUUUGUUUGUAUGUAUGUUUGUUUGUUUGUUUGUUUGUUUUUUAGAUUUUCAGCAGACAAUGUAUUUAUGCUCAUGUUUCUUCUUAUAGUACAGCCAGAAAUAAUAAUUUAUAAGAAGACAAGUACAAAUGUUUUUGGGUUCUAGUGGGUUUGCUGUUAGGUUUUUAAUUGUAAUUAAUUGUGCAUCUUUACAUUUUUCCCAUAUCUGACCUCACCUCUAGAAAGAGGAAGGAAACAAAGCUUUUCAUCCAUAUUACACAGAAACCCUCUGCUUUGUCUACUUCUGCUCUGUCCAUGUGCCUACUCUGUACAAAAAGUUAAAAUGUUGCUGGAAUUCGCUGGUGUUCUGCACUUGAUCUUUCAGAUACAUGCUCAAGUCUCCCCUUAUCAGACAACCUGGACUGUGACGUGUGACGAUGAAAACAUCUGCACACCUGAAACGUCGCAUGUGUUCAUUAAGUGCUCUUACACACACACCAGCAUCCACACUGUGAUCUGGUUCAGUCCUAAACAGAAAGAGAAAUGGAAGAAUGAGUAUUAUCCAGAGGACCUCACUUUGGACUCUGACUUAGCUGGUCGUGUGAAUCAUACCGAGACCCUAAACUCCAGCACUCUGACAAUAAGAGACGUGAGACUCAGAGACUCAGGAGAAUAUCGCUUCAUUCUUGUUACAGCAAACAGAGAGAAAUAUCUCAGCUCAAAAGCUGUGACUCUAAAAGUGACAGACCUGCAGGUGAGGAUAGAUCCUGGCAUGACAGAGCAGGAAUUACAUCUCACAUGUGGCACUCAGUGCAGACUGGCUGCAAACUGGGACACCUGGUGGAAGGAUGGCAAGCGAAUAAAGUCCAAAUUGAACAACGAGACACUUGUCUUAUCUGCUGGUGAUGGAGGAAGCUACUUCUGCUCGGUCAGGAGCAAGGAAGUGAUGAUCCGUUCCCCUGCAGUGUGUGUCUGGAAAAAGAACUGUUGGAAUGUAACAUACGCUCAGAGAACAGUAUGUGCUUUCAAAGGUUCAUCGGUGACUUUCCCCUGCACUUACACAUAUCCCAGUGGACAAAAUGUCAAUAAAAGCUACUGGACGUUCAAUCAGAAUGACGUGAGUCUCUUGGAGCAGUUUGCAGGUCGUGUGGAGUUUGUCAGAGAUAAAGAGAAUGACUGCACUCUAAGACUGACUAACCUUAAAGACAGCGACUCUGGAGAUUAUCGCUUCCUUUUCACUACUCAUACCACACAGCCAGUCUUCAGCAGCUCACUCAGGGUUCAGCUGAUUAUUACAGAUUUUCAGGUCAGGGUGAGUUCUUCCAGCACGUCCGAUGGACAGACAGUAACACUGAGCUGUAUCACCAAAUGUACUCUUCCUAAACAUACGAUCAGCUGGUACCAGAACAGCCAAAGUGUAAUGAACAAACUCACCAAAUAUAACAAUCUGUAUCUGGAUGCAUCUAGCUACAAGGACACAGACACAUACGCCUGUGCUGUGAGAGACACUGACAAUCAGAACUGUACGGCAUGUUCAAUUGGCGAUCAAUGGUGGAUUCAGUUUGCUAUAUGGGCAGCAGGGGUAUUCAUGGCUGUUUUAACUCUACUUAUUGUUAUUCAGCUUAUCAGGAGGGCAAGACGGAAAAAGAACGAAACUCAGAGUAUUUCAAACCCUGUAAAUGACACAUACACAGAGCUGGACCCUUUCGCCAUGUCUGUCACUUAUGAUACUCUUGGAGUAAGUGUUAAUUUCAAUGUGUGCAAAUACUGUGUGUGUGUUACAGUGGUCUUAGUGGUCUCUCAGCUUGUUUUUUUUUGUUUGUUUGUUUUGCUGUAUUUUAAUUUUCAGGAUAUAGAGGUUUCACUAAGUGACACCUACACUGCUCUAAGCCUAGCAAACCAGUCCUCUGAGUACAGCACACUGUUUGCUUAUUCAAGGAUGACCAGCAGAACGGAGCGAUACACACACACUCAGGUCAUAAAGGUUUCAGACAGUAAAGUACAGAGAGAAGCCUCAGACUCAGCAUAUGAAAAUGUAAAAUGUAACGUAAAUGUAAAGAUAAGAAAUGGUCCACAUCCAAUACACAAGGCAAAUCAAAUGAAAUAGAUAGACAAAUUUCACAUGAUGUACGAUAGAUUUAUAUUUAAGUCACAGUCUAUUAUAUGUGUAUGAAUAAGUCAGCUUUAUUUAUAACAGACACAAUGGUCUCAAACAAGAUUUACAGAUGUGAAUGUAUAAAUAUGCUUAUUUAAAAAAGGUGUACCUUUUUUUUUAAACCAGUCUUGUCCAUACUGAUUGAACACAACGAAUAUUUUUUUAUUAUUUGUCUUGUGAGCUUCAUCUUUAAUCUUAAUGCAGUAUGAGAGUAAAAAUCCCAUUUCAAUGUGCACCUCGGUGUCUAUACCGCUCCCUGUAAUACCUCGCCUGUCCGCAAGAGGGCUUAAUUCCAUUGUACUGAGUAUCUUGAUUUGACAGACAUUAUUGUGUGGUUCAUUAAAGUACAUCAUAAACGUAUGUACUUUGGCUGAGCAUCUGCCUUUUCCUUCUUUUUUUUAUGAAAAGUGAAACUGUGGACCAUGAAAAUGUAUUUUCUGUGUGUUUUUCUCACCUUAAUCUACUUCCAUUAGAUUACAUUAAUGUUAUUGUCUGCCUGUGUUGCUGGUUUUUUUUUUAUUUUUAUUUUUUUAUCUUUUUUACCUGGAGUGUUUGCUUUUUUAUUUCAUUUCAUAAGUUAAAUAAAAUUCCAGCCUGACUGUU